AUGUAUGCGAUGUCUAUUAGUGGAGAGGGUGCUCAGUACUUGCGUGUUCCGCCCGACCCGGGCAUUCAGGCCAGCCCCGCUGCUGCUCUAGGUGCUAGUGUGUCUGCUUCCACUGGUACUACUGCAGCUGCUACUCUAGGUGCUUGUGCGUCUGUGCCCCCUGGUACUGAGUCGACUGCAGCACUGCACACCUUCACACUGGACUCAGGUGCUUCUCGCUCUUUCUUUCGUGACCGCACUGUCCUUGAGCCUCUAGCUCGGCCGGUUGCUGUCUCUCUUGCUGACCCCUCUGGGGGUCCGGUCCUUGCGACCUCCUCCACCACCCUUCCGUGUCCAGCGGUUCCGUCCGGCACGCUCUCAGGUCUCUACCUCCCCUCGUUCUCCACGAACUUGGUGGCAGGUAGUGCGCUCCAGGACUCGGGUGUUCACCAGUUCACCCCUGCCUACGAGCGUGUGACUCACUGCACGUGUGCUCGGACGGGCCGCCACCUGGCUACUUUCACUCGAGAGCCGGGGUCUGACCUGUACACACUGACUACUGAGUCCCCUCAGGUAGCUGCGUCUGCGUCAGCGUCAGGUCAGCUGUCCGCCCCCUGCUCGUGUCGCUCUCUGGCGAACGACACCGUCCUCUGGCACCACCGCCUUGGUCACCCGUCUGUGCAGCGCCUGCGGGCCAUGCACAAACGGGACCUUGUUGCUGGUCUUCCCAGGGUGCUCCCUCCCCUUCCUGACUCCCCUGCUCCUGACUGCAUUCCCUGUGUCGAGGGGCGGCAGCGCGCCGCUCCUCACUCCUCCUCCUUUCCCCCGACGACCGCUCCCCUGCAGACGCUCCACAUGGACGUGUGGGGCCCAGCCCGCGUCCGUGGUCAGGGUCAGGAGAGGUACUUCCUGAUAGUUGUUGACGACUACUCGCGCUACACCACGGUCUUCCCCUUGCGCGCCAAGGGUGACGUCCCUGGUGUUUUGAUCCCCUGGAUCAGCCGAGCCCGUCUCCAGCUAGGCGAGCGCUUUCACUCGGACUUUCCUGUCCUGCGCUUGCACUCUGACAGGGGUGGUGAGUUCGCCUCCGACCUCUUGGCAGCCUACUGUGCUGAGCACGGCAUUGAGCAGUCGUACACGCUUCCGGCCUCUCCACAGCAGAAUGGAGUUGCUGAGCGCCGCAUUGGCUUAGUCAUGGAGGUCGCUCGUACCUCCCUGACCCAUGCGGCUGCUCCCCACUUUCUGUGGCCGUUUGCGGUCCGGUACGCAGCGCAUCAGCUCAACCUCUGGCCCCGUGUCUCCUUGCCGGAGACUUCCCCGACUCUACGGUGGACGGGAGAGGUUGGCGAUGCGUCGCGUUUCCGGGUCUGGGGAUCUCGAGCUUUUGUCCGCGACACGUCCGCGGACAAGCUCUCGCGUCGCGCUGUUCCCUGUGUCUUUCUUGGCUUUGUUCCCGACGCGCCUGGAUGGCAGUUUUACCACGUCACCUCGCGCCGGGUUCUGGCCUCUCAGGACGUCACUUUUGACGAGUCCGUCCCCUUCUACCGCCUCUUCCCCUACCGCACUGCCCCGCUCCCCCCCUCGCCUCUCUUCCUCGCUCCAGGUGCUGAGGUACCAGACCCCCUCCCCCCUCAGGGUGCCGCUCCCUCAGGUGUGUCCCAGGUAGACCCGGGUGAGCCUGUCGAGGUAGCUGUUGACUCGCGUCCUGCGUCUGGGGGUGCUGAGCCUGGGAGUGCUGCGUCUGAGGGUGCGGAGCCUGGGGGUGCUGAGCCUGGAGGUGCGGAGCCUGGGGGUGCUGAGCUUGGAGGUGCGGAGCCUGGAGGUACUGAGCCUGGAGGUGCGGAGCCUGGGGGUGCUGAGCCUGGAGGUGCGGAGCCUGGAGGUGCGGAGCCUGGAGGUGCGGAGCCUGGUGGUGCUGUUGCUGGUGCUGAGGACCAGGAUGCUGGAGCUGCUGCUGGUGCUGAGGACCCGGGCGUUGGAGCUGCUGCUGGUGCUGAGGACCCGACCGGUGGCGCUGCUGCUGGUGCUGAGGACCUGACCAGUGCCCCUGCUGCUGGUGCUGAGGACCCGGGCGUUGGAGCUGCUGCUCGUGCUGAGGACCCGACCGGUGGUGCUGCUGCUGGUGCUGAGGACUCGGGCGUUGGAGCUCCUACUGGUGCUGAGGACCCGGGCGUUGGAGCUGCUGCUGGUGCUGAGGACUCGGGCGUUGGGGCUGCCACUGGUGUCCCUGCUGCUUCUGGAGACGCUGCGCGGCCGCGACCGUACUUCGUACCGCUCCUUCAGCAGGUUCUUGGUCAGGCUCCUCCUCCUAGUCCUCCUCCCUCCGUCGAGUGUCCUCUGCCUGUCCAGCCGCAGUCACAGUUACCGCCUGUCUCGCCUCUCCCUGCUCCCUCUCCUUACGCUGGUCCCACAGGAGGUCUUACAGAGCGACGUGAGCCUGAGUCUCGUCCUGCGUCGCCUGUUCGUACUGCUCGCACUGGUCGUCGUGUCCCACGUGAGCGUCCUCCUCCUGUCCCUGGCACUCACUACAUGACUCUACGUCCCUCCACUGCUCCGCAGCGCGUCCCGCUGCCGUCUCCUCCUGCGUCCUCUCUUCCUACUCUUCCUGACCCGGAGUCUGACUCCCGUCGUGCUGCCAGUCCCACUGUUACGCGUCUCCUCGCUACAGUUGUCACUGACCCGACCUUUGAGUCCUCUGCUGCGUCUGCUCUGGUCGCUGAGUUGGUUGACUUUGCUGCUCGCUGUCGCCUAGACUACGCUGCCAGCCUUGUCGCUAGGUCUGAGUCUGCGUCUGCCUGUCCUCCGUCCGUCGGGGGUGAGUGUGCCCUCGGCACGGACGUCCUUGAGGACAGACAGGAGGAGUUCCACUGCCUUGCUGCUGCUUUGCCCCGUCUCGUGUCCUUGCUAGUUGCCCCUGAGGGAGACCCGGAUGCACCAGACAUCCCGACCCCACGCUCUUACGCUGAGGCGAUGGCGGGUCCCUACUCCUCUCACUGGCAGACAGCCAUGGACGCAGAGAUGGCCUCCUGGAAGUCCACAGGCACCUACGUAGACGAGGUUCCCCCUCCUGGGGCGAACAUCGUCAGUGGCAUGUGGAUUUUCAGGGUGAAGCGGCCGCCGGGUUCUCCGCCUGUCUUCAAGGCGCGCUACGUGGCUCGAGGCUUCAGUCAGCGAGAGGGAGUAGACUUCUUUCAGACCUUCUCCCCCACCCCGAAGAUGACUACUCUUCGGGUGCUGCUGCACAUAGCCGCUCACCGCGACUACGAGCUUCACUCUCUUGACUUCAGCACUGCUUUCUUGCAGGGCAGCCUGCACGAGGAGAUCUGGCUGCGCCGCCCCCCUGGCUUCACUGGGUCAGUUCCUCCUGGCACCCAGUGGAGGCUUCAGCGGCCGGUCUACGGUCUCCGCCAGGCGCCACGUGAGUGGCAUGACACACUGAGGACGACACUUGCGGCUCUUGGGUUCGCUCCCUCUACUGCUGACCCGUCGCUGUUUCUACGCACCGACACCUCGCUGCCGCCGUUCUACAUCCUCGUGUACGUCGACGACUUAGUCUUUGCCACUGCUGACACCGCGGCACUCGCUCACGUGAAGUCGGAGCUGCAGAGGAGACACACGUGCACAGACCUGGGUGAGCUGACGAGCUAUCUUGGCUUGCGGAUCACCCGGGACAGAGCACGGCGCACCAUCACCCUGACUCAGUCACACAUGGUGCAGCAGGUUCUCCAGCGCUUCCGCUUCACGUACUCCUCGCCUCAGUCCACUCCUCUGCCUACCGGUCACUCGCUCUCAGCUCUGCCUUCGGAUGAGUCCGUAGAGCCGAGUGGCCCGUAUCCAGAGCUUGUGGGCUGCCUCAUGUACCUGAUGACCUGCACUCGACCUGACCUUGCAUACCCUCUUAGCAUCCUAGCACGCUAUGUCGCUCCUGGCCGUCACCGGAAGGAGCACAUGGAUGCUGCUAAGAGGGUGUUGCGCUACCUGUGCAGUACGUCGGGCAUGGGGCUUGUGCUUGGAGGGCGAGACCGGGUUGUUCUCACAGGGCACUCAGACGCUUCUUGGGCAGACGACCAGGCUACUCAGCGGUCGUCCCAGGGUUACACCUUCAGCCUUGGCUCUGGCUCAGUUUCUUGGCGUUCUACUCGCUCUUCUUCUGUUCUCAGCUCCAGUUGUGAGGCUGAGAUCUACGCCACAGCCAUGGCUGCUCAGGAGCUACGCUGGCUGACCUACCUGCUGACCGACCUCGGAGAGCGGCCUCGUUCUCCUCCAGUGCUGUACGUCGACAACAAGGCUGCCAUUGCCUUGUGUGAGGAGCACAGACUGGAGCACAGAACGAGCACAUCGCUCUGCGGUACUUCCUUGCUCGAGAGCUGCAGCAGCGUGGUCAGCUUUGUCUGCGUUACGUGGCCACGGAGGCCAACACUGCUGAUGUGUUCACCAAGGCGCUUCAGCCUUGUGACCAUCAGCGCUUUUGCACUCUGCUAG